AGAUCAUCGCCGGUCCUAAUCUGUACUAAUGCAGGCCAAGACGAGAUCGUAGUUUCAAAAGAUGGUCACUUGUAAACGCCGUAAUUUUCAUGGGUGUGAUUUGUUCUUGUAGCGACGACAGAAAUUGUGGGACAGAAGGCACUCUUGUGAUUAACCACGGAUCUAUUACAUUCCAACAUUCAGGAUCGCCUGUGUUCCGGGUCCGGGUAGCAGUUUCACCGUGUCACGUGACCAUGGCUCGCCCCGCUAUGAACGAAGAAUUUGCAGUCGUCGAUCUUCCCUUUGAAUAUGCGAGUAUGCCUGACGGACAAGUUUGCCCGGACCAUUUCAGAGGAUGGCUCCUAAAGUGGACGAAUUACAUCAAAGGAUAUCAAAAACGAUGGUUUGUGCUUUCGAAUGGCCUCCUCUCUUACUACAGAAGCCAAGCCGAAAUGGCACAUACGUGUCGAGGAACAAUAAACUUGGCCGGUGCGUUUAUCGAUUCGGAAGAUUCGUGUAGUUUUGUCAUUUCUAAUGGAGGGACACAGAUCUUCUACAUGAGAGCCAGCUCUGAGGUUGAACGACAAAGAUGGGUAACAGCUCUGGAAUUGGCCAAGGCGAAGGCUAUCAAAAUGCUGGAAUCAGAUGAGGAGGAGGAUACCAACAGUGAAAAAGCUGAGAACAUUAAACCACUAAAUGCCAAGCUUGAAGACCUGCAGACUUGCAAUGAUCUUGUAGGCAAGCAUGGCUCAGCCUUGCAGCGUUCUAUUGUUGAGCUUCAGGAGGUGGAAGAUAAUCCUGCCUUGGCUGCAAAACUCAAGUUUGUGAACGAGAAAGCCACUCUUUUUCGGAUAACAGCAAAUGCCAUGAUUAGUGCAUGUGCAGAAUUCCUGGAACUUGCUCAGACACAGGAAAAAAGGUGGCAGAAGAGUUUACAGCUAGAGCGUCAGCGAAGAAUCAAUCUUGAAGAGACAGUAGAAGCCUUAGCUAAACAGCAUAACACUCUUGAGAGAGCUUGUCGAAAAAAUACAUCUAAGUUACCUGAUUUACCAGAAUCUGAACUGGGUCACGACAGUGACGAUGAAGAAGAGGAGUUGGAAGAAGAUGAAGAAAACGCUGAAUUUUUUGAUGCAAUAGCAGAGCACCCUGAAGGUUUCACGUUAUCUGUUAGCAAGAGCCGUGAGAGUUUACAAAGCUCUAGCUCAGAGCAAAGUGUUGGUAUGGAUGGAGAGAAUGCCAAACCCUUAUUGGCAAGAACUUUGUCAGAUACAACUGGACAAGCCUCAGCAGAAAUAAAGCAGGAAGCAUCUAAGGACAGUGUAACUGGUACAUCUGAAACAUCAACUGCUAAAGACACAGAAGGAUCAGAUGUUGCCAGUGAUGGUAGAUCCAUUAGCACUGAUCCAGAUAACAAGGCAGUCAUGGCACCAUUUACUGUUGGAGGCUCCUUUGCUGUCACUCAAUCUACUGAAAGGCUUGGGACUAAGCUCUUCAGGAAAAAGAUCCCAGACAAGCCAGACAUCAGCAUUAACUUGUGGAGCAUUCUGAAGAACUGUAUAGGAAAAGAGUUAUCUAAAAUACCCAUGCCCGUGAACUUCAAUGAGCCAAUUUCAAUGCUUCAGAGGCUCACAGAAGAGCUUGAAUACACAGACCUUUUAGACAAAGCUGCAGCAUGUGAAACAUCCACAGAGCAGAUGUGCUAUGUAGCAGCAUUUACAACAUCCUCUUACUCCACAACUGCCGCAAGAACUGGAAAGCCAUUUAACCCCUUACUUGGUGAAACAUUUGAAUUUGACAGAACAGAGGAUUUAGGAUGGCGAUCACUUGCUGAGCAGGUGAGCCACCAUCCUCCAGCAUCUGCCCUUCAUGUUGAGCAUAAAGAGUGGAUCUUCUGGCAGGAAUUCACUUGUACAAGUAAAUUCCGUGGCAAAUAUUUACAAGUCAUUCCACAUGGUGUGGCGCAUCUCAAGUUUAACAAGUCUGGAAAUCAUUACACCUGGAAAAAAGUCACUACUACUGUCCAUAAUAUCAUUGUUGGGAAGCUGUGGAUUGAUCAGUCGGGUGAAAUGGACAUUGAGAAUCACACAACUAAAGAUGUUUGCCAUCUUAAAUAUGAUGCUUACAAUUAUUUUGGAAGGGACACACCUAGAAAGGUGACAGGUGUGAUUACAGACUCAUCAAAAGUGGUCAGAUAUGUGAUAUCAGGAACAUGGGACAACAAGCUGGAUGGAGCCAAGGUUGUGUACCAUAGAUCUCCUUCAAAUGUGAAGCAGCCAGCAUCUACUCCACACAAGAGCCAGGCACAGACUUUACCACCAGUCACUUUGUGGAAGAAAAAUCCAGCAUUGCCUGGUUGCGAGAAAAUGUAUUAUUUCACUGAGUUUGCUCUGGCCCUCAAUGACUCUGAUGAUAGUGUUGCCCCAACCGAUUCUCGGAGAAGACCAGACCAGAGGCUCAUGGAAAACUGUAAAUGGGACGAAGCCAAUCAGGAGAAGCAGAAAUUGGAGGAAAUGCAACGAAUAAGAAGGCGCAAACGUGAGGCAGAGGCCUCAGAGGCACAGGCAGAGGGAAAAGUUUAUGAAGGUUACAAGCCUGUUUGGUUUGAAAACGUUGUGGAUGAAGUGACAGAUACUGCUGUGCAUGUGUACAAAGGGGGCUACUGGGAAGCUAAGGAAAGACAAGAUUGGAGUCUUUGUCCAGAGAUCUAUUAGCAACAUCCACUCAGCAGUUUCCCAGAUUUUACUGAUAGUAAGCUGAAUAUGAUGUCACUGCUUGUGUCAUUCCUCAAACCUCUGGUCAUCUUCUUUUUGGAAAGUAUCAAAUGAUGCACUAUACAUGUGGGUCAAACAUUUUGUGGGUGAAUUUGCUGAAGUCUGGCUGUCUAGUGACACUACUGUUUUCCAAUAAAUGAAAUAACUCAGAGAUUUGAUUUUUAAAGUGGAAAACUGUAAAUACAUUGCAACAGCCAAAAGAAGCCUACAAAGAGACAAGAAUGAACUCUAUUACUGAAAAGUGCAUUUGUUUUUAUUUCUCAAUUCUGAACAUGGAAAAGUAGAAGACUUUUGUUUAAGGAAAGAUGCAGACAGAUACAAUUCACUUGACUGAUGAAUAAGAUUUAGAAGACGUUUUGGGGUGUUGAUGUUCAAUUUAGGUUUGCUGAAGUACCAAAGAUCUCCCUACUGUGAUAGAGUUGACAAAGCCAAAUGCACUUAUCAAAAUUAAACUUGUAAGACAGUUUUGACACUGUGAUUUAUCAGAGAAAUUUUAUGAAAUUCAGUGAGCUGCUAUGUGACUGUAGGAUUAUUUAUCAAUUGUGCUUUGGAUAAUGUUCAUGAGACAGCAGUCCUCAGCUGAAUUAGAGACUAACACAAUUUAUAAUAGAUUUCAAAAUUGUUCGUAUCAAUUUCUGGUAUUAAAUUUAAAAUAGUCAAAAUAAAAACUCAGAUGUUUUGUUC